UGUUCUCCAACCUGCUCGUACAGCUUGUGAAACAGAGCUAUAUACAUGCUCUCUGGCGAUUCUGUCAUUUCCGCUCCUUAACUCGUCGCUGUCCUAGUCGCCUGCUGCGCUGAUAACCGACAACCACCAUCAAGACUCAUCUUCUCUCCAGAUUUCAGCUAUAUUUUCAAUGCCACCAAAAUCAGCCGAAUCUCUUCUAUUUCACAAGAAGAAGGCAAUAAAGAAGGAGCCCUCGACGCCCUCAACGACUUCCCAAGGCUCUCAACUAUCCCAGUCACAACCAUCUCAGUCACAAUCAUCUCUCCGCAAAUCCGCUACUCCUCGUGCACAGCCUACCCCACCCGUCGCUGACGCAGAUGAUAGUUCUAAGCUCCCUGACGGCGAGUUUGCCGAAUUCAAGCUCAUGUCCUCUGCUCUCAACGGGUGGAAGUAUGAUGUUAUGAAGUUUGAUUCGAGAAAGACUGUAGACAUAUCAACCUGGGAGGAGCCGAUAAAGCUGAACAGGAAGGAGUUGAGGAGGGACGAGCCUGGUCCAUCUUCCCAAGUACCUGUGGGUCCUAUGCUGGGGCCUGACGGGAAGCCUGUUGUUGGGUCAGAUGGAAAGAUCGUUAUGGUCGAUGCGGAUAGCCGGCCGAUAGCGAAUAAUGGUGGUGAGGCUCAGUCGAAGGAGAAAGACAAGGGCAAAGCUGGCGGGCGGAAGAAAUUUCAGAAGAAGACACGGCAGGUGUUUUUGGUGCCUGAGGCAACCCGCCAGCUGCGACGCGAGGAACGUUAUCCCUGGGUGAUGGAGGAUGCGAAGCAGAACGAGAUGUGGGUAGGGAAACUGGAAGAAGUGGCGAGGGCGGAGACACACGCUCUCUUUAUGCCAGCUGCACAAGAAUUCUUUAAAUUUGUACCUGCCAAUCGCUGGUACAAGUUCCAGAAGAAGCCUAAACAUCAUGUCCCUGGAUUAGAGGAGGCAGAGGCUCUGAUGGCCAAGAUUCAGAAGAAUAAAGACCCGGAACGUUGGCUGCUACACCGGAGAAAAGGGCAAGGACCUUCGUCAGCAACGUCAGAGAUGUUCAAAGCGGAUUCAGAAAACCGUGUUAUAUCUGGCAGCUCGUCACUGGUCUACUCGUCUGGAAACAGUCGAGCUAUGGGUGGACGAACACUACGGACAACGAACCGCGGACCUCAGGGUGGCGGUGAUGAUGACGAUGAAGGAGCGCCCAGAAGAAAGAAGGAAGAGAAUGACAUGGAAGGAGACUUGGAUGAGCAGCUUUUCGAUGAUGAGUUUGCGGAUGACGAUGAGGCAGGUCCUGCUGAUAUGGAUGAAGAGGAGGCCAAAGAGUUAGAGGAACGCCUCAAACGAGAGUAUAAGAGUGCCAACAAGACCCGCGAGGGCUAUGUCGACGAGUCGGAGUCUGAGGAUGGCGAGAGUCAGCUGACGAAAGACGGAAAAUCUCUGAAGAAGCUCAUGCGCAAGCUGGAGAAGAACGCUGCAUACGACAGUGAUGAAGAGCGUAAUCCGUAUGCAAGCUCGAAUGACGAGGAAGAGGAGGAAGAACCAGCUCCUCCUCAAGAGCCGCCUCAACAGACUGAAUCUCGGUCAGCUUCUCAACAACCAACUCCGAAACCAUCUCAGCCGUCUAACAGCGCUGCUCAAAACGGUUCCACUGCUGACUCUCGCGCUACUUCGCCGGCGCCUGCGAGUAUGGGUGGCCAUUCUGUUGUCGCAAAACGCGCUACAAGUCCCAAAGCACCGAAGAUCAAGUCGACGUCUACGAAUAGCAGUCGCGUAACUAGUGGACAGGGUACUGGAAGCAGGGCGACUAGUCCCGUCAAUGGUAGCAGAGCAACUAGUCCAGCCGCUCUAGCUAAGGGUCCAGGCAGCCCGACGCCAAAUGGACAGCCCAUGUCGUCGAACAAACGCAAGGCCACUGAUGACCUAGGCGGUAAUGCGGGGUCGACGGGUGCUGCAGCAAAUGGUGUAGCUGCACCACCGAAGCCGAAGAAACGGAAACCGCUUCCCUCUGGCCCAGCUCCGGAGGGCGAAUUGGAGGAGAGGAUGCUCAUUGAGUGGUUACAGAAUACGCCCAACGCGACGACGCGAGACUGUAUUCAGCAUUUUACGCCUUACUUGACUACAGAUGUGAAGAAGACGAAGUUUACGGCGAUGGUGAAAGAGGUCGCCCAGCUGAAGGGAGGUAUUUUGAUCUUGAGGAAUCGGGAGGCUUCUGCAGCUGCCUCACCGGUAUCGUAACUCACUUAGGGAAUUGUACUUUAGAUUUCAGUGAACGACGGUUUCGUGCUGCUAUGGAUGGCGAUCAACGCCUUAUGAGAUGUUUCAUACAACUGGUUUAGGAUUACCCAACAGUGUCACACUUUAUGUGUUCAUGGUCGAGGUUGGUCGACAUCUUCUAGUGUAUAUUAUAGGCGG